UAAGGUCUUUUCCUAAGUUAAUAUGGCUGCGGCCGGCGAGCCGCUGGGACGUCGGUGAGGAGAGGAGGCGAGGUCUUUCCGAGGUUUUGGCUACGAUUCCCCUCAGCAAUGGCGCUUCGGUCGGGGUUCUGGGAGCUGUUGUCGGUUCGCAGGAACCCCGGGUGUCGGGUGGCAGUGCUGUCGACCAGUUCCAAGCCAGCGGUGAAGCCUGAAGCGGACCCCGAAGGAAAUGAAGCUGUUGCCCCGGAGUUCACCAACCGGAACCCCCGGAAUCUGGAGCUCUUAGCUGUAGCCAGAAAAGAGCGGGGCUGGGGGACAGUGUGGCCCUCCCGCGAGUUCUGGCACAGGUUGCGAGUUAUAAGGAGUCAGCAUCACAUAGACGCACUUGUUGAGCAUCGCAAUGGCCAGACUGUGGUUUCGGCAUCCACUCGUGAAUGGGCCAUUAAAAAACACCUUUAUAGCACCAGAAAUGUGGUGGCUUGUGAGAGUGUAGGACGAGUGCUGGCAGAGCGGUGCUUGGAAGCAGGAAUCAACUUCAUGGUCUACCAACCAACUCCUUGGGAGGCAGCCUCAGACUCGAUGAAACGACUGCAGAGUGCCAUGACAGAAGGUGGUGUGGUGCUGCAGGAGCCUCGGAGAAUCUAUGAAUGAAGCAGAAGUGUUGCUUGAUACUUGUAAAUGUAAAGCUGUCAGCUGUUCGUUCAUCAGAAGAGAGUCUCUAGACGAACCGCCAGCUUGGACGUCCUGUACAGUAACCUAACAGUGGAAUGUUAUUAGUAGUUAAGGUUGUCCUCUUCUCCCCUUGUGUGUGUUUGUUUUAAAUCCAGGGCUAAAUUCUUCUCCUCUCUGUGAUGUGAGAGAAGUAUUUGAGAAGAGCUGUUGCCAAUUAUAAUUAACUAUUUUUUUUUUUUGCCGUACGCGGGCCUCUCACUGUUGUGGCCCCUCCCGUUGCGGAGCACAGGCUCCGGACGCGCAGGCUCAGCGGCCAUGGCUCACGGGCCCAGCUGCUCCGUGGCAUGUGGGAUCUUCCUGGACCGAGGCACGAACCUGUGUCCCUUGCAUCGGCAGGCGGACUCGACCACUGCGCCACCAGGGAAGCCUAUAAUUAACUUUUGAGGAACAAAUGUUUAUAAGUUAAAGAAUAAAGGUAUAUUGUGAACUCUUA